GCAGAAUGGUUAUCCACAAGCUGUACGUACCACCGAAGGUCGUGAAGGUCCCUUCGGCUGCCCCUUAUCAGCCCCCAGCCGGUGACCUUCCGGUGGUAGUGGACACUUCGGGACCAUCCAACGGGGACUUUCCCGUGGUGGUGGACACUUCCGGACCAUCCAACGGAGACUUUCCCGUGGUGGUGGACACUUCGGGACCAUCCAACGGUGACUUCCCUGUGGUAGUGGACACUUCGGGACCAUCCAACAGUGAUUUGCCUGUGGUAGUGGACACUUCAGGAUCAUCGAACCGUGAUUUUCCUGUGGUAGUGGACACUUCAGGACCGCCGAACGGUACCCUACCGGUGGUGGCGAAUAACGUAGUGCUCGAUCUGAAACCGGGCACGAUCGUCGGUCGCCAGAAGGUGCUACCGAAUGGGGGAGAGUACUACUCCUACCAGGGUAUCCCGUACGCUCACCCACCGGUUGGAGAGCUGCGGUUCAGACCACCUGUCCCGCUAGAGCGCUUCGUUGAGCAGCCGCUACAGUGCGGCCAAGAACGGGACGUAUGUCUGGCCGUGACGGAACUGCCACCGGGGCGCAAAGGCACGGAGGAUUGCCUCUACCUGAACGUCUACACGACGUGUGGCCCGAGUGAUCGUGUUGGUCUGCUGAAACCGGUGAUGGUCUGGAUUCAUGGAGGAGGCUACCUCAUGGGUAGUGGAAAUACCGACCUGUACGGACCGGACUAUCUGCUUCAGCAUGACGUCAUCCUGGUAACGUUCAACUAUCGUCUCGGUCCGCUCGGAUUUUUGGCGCUACCUUCGAUGGGGAUCUACGGCAACCAGGGUCUGAAGGAUCAGCAGCUGGCCCUUCGCUGGGUGCACGAACACAUCGCGGAGUUUGGGGGCGAUCGAUCGAACGUGACCCUGUUCGGUGAGAGUGCCGGCAGCUCUUCCGUGAACUGGCACUACCUUUCGCCCGUAUCGCGCCAGUACUUCCACAAGGCCAUUUGCCAGUCGGGCGCGGCCAUUAGCCCGUGGCUUCUCCAGACCCAUCCGGAUCGUAAGACUCGCCAGCUGGCAUCUGUGUUGGGCUACACGGGAGCCGACGAUGCCGGUGUGCUGGCAACGUUACUAAACGCACCCGUCGAGGACUUGGUAGCUAACUCCACCAAAGCUUUCGAAGAAACCGACAAUACGUUGUUCCUGGUGUCCCCAUUCAUCCCUGCGGUCGAGGACCCGAGCUCGGACGACCCGAUCAUUACGGCUCGCGCGGAGGACCUGUUGAAGCAGGCCAACACGAUCGACAUCCCGCUGAUGCACGGUGUAACCAUGGUCGAGGGGCUCGUGUUCUACGGUACGCUGCUUGAGAAGUUGGUCUUUCUGGCGACCAACUUGGCGCAAGUUCUGCCUCUCGAUCUGGCCGUGCCCGGUGACGCACUGCCAGGCGUGUUGGAGGAAGUACGUCAGUACUACUUCCACGAUCAACCGAUCGGCCACGAUACGUACCUGCAGCUGAUGGACCUCAUGUCGGACGUUGGAUUUAACUUCGCCGCCUCCGCCGUUGCCGAGCUGCAGUCCCGUUAUCAGCAGGGGGCUCCGCAGUACUUCUAUCGCUUCGCCUUCGACAGUGAGCUGAAUGAGGCGCGCAAGUUGUUCGCGAUCCCGGAUGGUGUGCCCGGAGCUUGCCACGCCGACGAGCUGUCGUAUCUGUUCAGUGGUUCUACCUACACGGCCCAGGUUGAGCCUGACUCGGCGGAGGCACGUGGACGCGAGAUGAUGUGUCGCCUGUGGACCAACUUUGCCAAGUUUGCGAACCCCACCCCGGACGAUCAGGUGGGGAGCUUUGGCUUCCGGUGGGAACCGGUUCCACCAUCGGCACCGGGCGAGGCGUUCGUGUUGCCCGCGCUGGAACUCUGCGAUCACGCUCAGAUGAUCGAGAACCCGUUCCAUGAUAGGAUACAAUUCUGGCGAUCGCUGUACGAUCGCUACAACCCGUCACUGUUGGGCUGAGGGAGAGCUAUCGGAUCGCCACGGAUCGAGCACGGUCCACCCUCGGGGGCGGGUGGGCCGUUCGAAGACAUUCCUGCGCGCUAUCGAUAAAUGCACGGUUUCUUAGUAUCUACAGAUUACACUGCUAUAGCCAACGAUUGCACACGUGAUAUCCAGGCCAGGCGACGGGGUGCCUUAUCGCAAACCACCAGCGACCAUCUUAUCAUCGGCCUAAGUCGGUUCAUUAACACGCUCGUCGCCUUGCGCAACGAAGAACGCGGCGCGCCGAUUCACUUCGCCGUCGAGUCACCGCGGCGUUUGUGCAAAUCACGGCUUGAUGCAAUCGGGUUUUAUCACCUCGGCCAGGCAGCGCCUGCGCCGGCGGUGAGUGUGUUCGGGCAAGGGCAAAACAUAAGAACUAGGAAAAAUAAAAACCAACCAAGAAAAAGGAG